CUGAUUUUACUUUUCAAUAGUUUUUCCUUCUUCAUAAUGUAUGAACACUUUUGAACCAAGGUUCAAUAAUAGAUGGAACAAGCACAGUUAAAAUGCAAUUUAAUCCAAACUGGACAAAAGGUUGUCUUUAAAACUGCGUGUGACACGUUCAUAGGUCAUCAAGGCCAGCCAAACAUAUUGUAUAUUGCAAAUGAAAAUGUACAGUAGCCUAAUGUUCCUUAUUAACAAUUUAGACUAACGGAUGUUCUUUGUAUCUUCCUCAUAAGAAGCAUGAAAUGAGAAGGCAAGUGUUUAUAAUUAUCAUGUGACUUGAUUCUUUCUUUAGCCUUAUCACAACUAUCCUACCAAUGCUCAAAGCACAAGGGAUUGGGGACCUGCCUCCUUAAGCCUUUCAUCAAAUUCAGUCAGUUUUGAGGACACCCAUCACACAAAUGACUGUCUCUUAAAGCAGCGUGAGAGCAACAGAGAUCAGGGUUUGGGUCGGUCAGUGGAAAAGGAGACGGAGGCGAAAGGUCGACAGAGCAGGAGCGCCACACCAUCGGUCAGCAAAUACUCAAGCUCAGAGUCAGAACACAGGGAACCACGUCUGAAUCCAGGAGCGAUGAGUGGUAACUCCACCCACACAACACACAAGGGCAUAAACAAUGACGUGUGUGAAGAAAUACACUAUCCAGAUGAUAGAACAACUUCUCACCAAUGGCUGGCGUGUAUUUACAUUCCGCAAUGGAACUAGAAAAGAGAUCACUGCUGACCAGAAGUCCGUAACUGUCACAUUCUUCAACGGAGAUGUCAAACACAUACUGGCAGAUGGGAAAGUGGUGUACUACUAUGCUGAUGCACAGACAACUCACACCACAUACCCAACUGGUUUGGAGGUCCUGCAGUUUCCAAACAAGCAGAUGGAGAAACACCACCCUGAUGGAAGGAGGGAGAUCGUUUUCCCAGAUCAGACGAUAAAGUACCUCUAUCCUGACGGCAGAGAGGAGAGCAUCUUCCCAGAUGGAACAGUGGUCAAGCUCUCAGAAAGUGGGGAGAAAACAGUGGAGUUCAACAAUGGCCAAAGAGAGAUCCAUACGUCCCAGUACAAGCGGAGGGAAUACCCUGAUGGAACAUUGAAGACGGUGUAUUCUAAUGGAAGGCAAGAGACCAAGUUCCCCUCGGGCAGAGUACGCAUUAAAAACAAGGAUGGCAUUAUCAUAAUAGACAAGAAAUGAAGAACAUAUGUUUUAUGUUUUUCAAGCCUUUAUACCAAAUUAGCAAAGCUCCAUUGUGUUUGACUGUAGCUAUUUUCCUAUGGCAUAUUUUAUCAUUUUUUAGUGCUUGUGUGUAAACAGACAUUUUGAAAUUGUGUAUGUUUAUUAUUCAUAAAUCAUUGUACACUAAAUAAGUAAUACUAAUCAAUACAAUUUGUGUUGAAACUAUUUUGUAGAGAUCUUUGAAUGUCUAUACUGCUCUCUUGAAGGAAUAUAUUUCUUAUUUUUGCAUGGCAAUGUCAUAACCUUCUUGACCUCUUCAUUUGUGUCAGCAGGAUUCUUAUGUUGCACAGAAUUACAGAUUAUUCAUGAGGUCCCCACAUAUCCCUUGCCUCUCAAACAACAAGACUGACAUGUAGGGUAGGGCAUGUAACUUACUGACAUGUAACUUACUGACCUGGGCCCGGUUUCCUGCUGAGGAGUAUUUCUGUCUCUAAUAAAGCCCUUUUGUCGGGAAAAACUCAUUCUGAUUGGCAACUGGCUCUUCUGUGGGUGGAACCCUUGCCCAGGCAUGUGAAAUCCAUAGAUUAGGGCCUAAUGAAUUUAUUUAAACUGACUGAUUUCCUUAUAUGUAUGUAACUCAGUAAAAUCUUUUAAAUUGUUGCAUGUUGCUUUUCUAUUUUUGUUCAGUAUAGAUACAAAAUAGGUUAUUUUGAAAUUGUGGACAAAUUAGUUGCUUUUCCAUAUAAUGUGUGUUUGUACUGUAUACUUUCAUGUUUUCACACAUUAAUAUUUAGGCUGUGCUAAUAAUAAAUUAUUCCAAAAGCUUAAUUCCAAAAAUG